CGCUGCUGGUAAGCUGGCCAGGGAUUGGUCACCUCCCCAUGCUGCCCGAAGUUCCAGUCAGAGCCAGGAGCACAGGGAACCUGGGGCUCGGGAUACCUCUGCUUGCCUGGGAGCAAAACUACAGUCAGACGGCCCUGCUGACAGCCAUGGGAAGCGGAUGGAAUGGGAUCAGAACAUCCCCUCCCAAGAGCGCACGGACGGCAGAGCCUGACAAUACGGUCCCUGUCCUGCCGGCCUCGUGGCUGAGCCGCAGCUUCCAGGGCCGGGGGGCCCGGGCCGAGGAGCAGGAGACUCACUGGGGUCUCCGGGAGACUGGCCUGGGGCCAGAGAGCCCUGGGCUAGGCGGGUGGGUUCCUCCAAAGGUCAACGUGUCCAGCUCCUGCCCCCUGCCCAGCCCCAGAACCGGGCUCUUUCUGGGGGAACGCGAGCCCCCCGCUGUCUUUCACUCAGGCCUCACUGAGCUCUGCAGGAGAAAGACUCCUGAGUCCUGGUCUCUCAGGUCACCCUGCGGCCACUCCAAGGACAGAGUGGAGCGAGGGGGCUGCAGCCUAACCAGCCUGCCAGCCUGCCAGCCUGCAGUCCCACAGGCCCGAGCCUCAUUGGCCUCAGCGGCGUCACCUACGGCUGCGUCUCCUGCCCGCGGGGUUAGUGAAGGCCAGGGGCAUGUGGCCUGGGCCGGGCACGUAAGGAGCGCCGGUGCGUGCUGCUGACCCCUGGCACGUCGUUGCCGCCGACCUGAGUGCCCGGGGCCCUUGCCCACCUCCACGCCCACCCAGGGGUCGGCGGAGUGCGGGUGCCGCUGGCAGGCUGCUCCCGGUCUGGCUGUGGCCAGCAGGACCUUCCCCUUCCGCCCCACCCGCUCCGGCCACGGCCCCCUGAGGAGGACGAGGGACCCGGCCCGCGGGCCGCUGGUCAAGGCUGAUGGACUCUCCCGCUCUCUUCCCCGCUCCAAGAGGCUGCAGCAGGGGUGAAAGGAAUUGAUGUUUAUUUUGAUAACGAGUUCUCAAUGCGUUUGCAAACUAAUAAAAUCAACUCAUUA